CGAGAGCUAGGCACCGAAUAGGUUUGUCUAUCAGAAUACAACAAAUGAUAGGAAGGUUAAGAUCAGCUGUUGAUUUAAUUGGGGGAACAUCAGCUAUAUAAAUUAUCCUAUAUGAAAUGAUAUGAGCUUCUGCUUGCUUCUGCAUUGCUUCACACCAAUUGUAACUCGCUUCAAGCUUUAAUAAAAAAACGUAUAAUUAACUAAAAUAUAUAUCUCUGCUGUUCUCUUCUUCCAGAGAACAGCAGAGAGACUCAACCAGAGAGAAACAAGCUUCCAGAGACUACACACCAGACAGGACCCUGAGAAACCACACAGAGAACAAAGAGAGGUCUGAGUUAUGAAGACACAUCAGUGUGACACCUGUGGGAAGGAACUUUCCUCAUCCAGGAACCUCAAGUACCACAUGAUGAUCCACACUGGGGAGAAACCCUACAGCUGUGACCUCUGUGGUAAAUCCUUUAGCCAGGAUCGUAGUUUCAGAGAGCACAUGAAGAUCCACACAGGAGAGAAGCCCUACAGCUGUGACCUCUGUGGUAAAACCUUUAGACAUCUUGGCAGUUUAACACGUCACAGCAGGAUCCACACUGGAGAGAAGCCCUACAACUGUGACCUCUGUGGUAAAUCCUUUAACCAUACUUGCGACUUAAAAGCUCACAGCAGGAUCCACACUGGAGAGAAGCCCUACAGCUGUGACCUCUGUGAUAAAUCCUUCAACCAUACUUGCGACUUAAAAGCUCACCGCAAGAUCCACACAGGAGAGAAGCCCUACAGCUGUGACCUUUGUGGCUAUAGUUGUACAACAAACGGCCACCUCAAAAGCCACAUGUAUAUCCACUCCGGAGAAAAACCUUUCAGCUGUGACCUCUGUAGUAAAACGUUUAGUCUCUCUGGCCAAUUAACAGUUCACAGAAGGAUCCACACAGGAGAGAAGCCCUACAGAUGUGACCUCUGUGGUAAAACCUUUACGCACUCUGGCCAAUUAACAGUUCACAGCAGGAUCCACACUGGAGAGAAGCCCUACAGCUGUGACUUCUGUGGGAAAACCUUUAGCCGGACAGAUACUCUCACUCUUCACAGCAGGAUCCACACUGGAGAGAAGCCCUACAGCUGUGACCUCUGUGGGAAAACCUUUAGCCAGACUGGCAGUUUAAAGUCUCACCGCAGUACCCACACUGGGGAGAAGCCCUACAGCUGUGACCUCUGUGAUAAAACCUUUAGCCGGGCUAACCAAUUAACAGUUCACAGCAGGAUCCACACUGGAGAGAAGCCCUACAGCUGUCACCUCUGUGGGAAAACCUUUAACCAGGCUUGCAGUUUAAGGGCUCACCGCAGUACCCACACUGGGGAGAAGCCCUACAGCUGUGACCUCUGUGAUAAAACCUUUAGCCAGGCUGGCCAAUUAACAGUUCACAGCAGGAUCCACUCUGGAGAGAUGCCCUAUCGCUGUGACCUCUGUGGGAAAACCUUUAGCCAGGCUGGUAAUCUCAGCCUUCACCACAGGAUCCACACUGGAGAGAAGCCCUACAGCUGCCCACACUGUGACUAUUCAUGUAUAACAAAUGGCAAUCUGAAGAGGCACCUGCGUGUCCACAAUAAAAAACAAACCAAAGCAGUGAUGUCUGGGGCCAAGCUGUCCCAGCAGUCACCACCUGAGAGAACUUCUGUGCUGCUAGUCGAGCGACUGGCCCUCGGCCCUCGGUCGCGACGGCCCCUGGGAAGGCUCCAUCCCUUUGCCACUGCUCCCAGGCUGCCCUUCGGCGAGGAUUUCCUGUUCCUCAGUCUUCCGGCCAUCAGUCCGUCCAACUGUCAAUCCCCUUGGUGGCCUGGCCCACCUCUGGGUUACCAGCAACGCUGGGCGCCAAGACGCCCAACGCUCAGAAGGGUGGGGACAAGUCCCCGCCUGGCGUCGGGGCCGAAGCCCCCAGGCAGGCGACCGCUCCGACCCGCCCCCGUCACCGGAUCCCAGUACCGGCGAUCCGGUAUCGACGGGGGAGGGCCAAUGUCUGUCCAAUUAAGGACAGACACUCACAAGAUCUGA